GCCAAUGUAUAUUUGUUGGCUUUGUUUGAUUUACCUUUCAUAGAUGUAAACACAAAUUUAUUCAACAGUUUUCAAGCUAGGAUCCGUAUUAAUGACAAAUUGUUUAUUUUGUUGUAUUUGGCAAAUAUGUGUAGUAUACCACAGAAAUUCUUUCAAGUGUGUCGAUUGUGUUUGGUGUCGAUUGAAGAAAAUGAUAUAUUGACGCACCGAAUAUGCGACGAAGUUGAAUUUCAUAAAAAUUUGUUUACGGACUGUAGUUGUAUAAUUAAUAGAAACAAAAUGUGUGUCGACCUAAAAGGUAUUGAGAGCACAGGUUUAAUAAAACAUACCAAAGGCUGCAACAAACACACCGCUUGUUCCCCCGAAUAUGUGCCUUCCACACUGGGGUCAAUACCAAAAAAGAGUAACGAUUCCCAAAAACUCUACUUUGGAUAUAACAACGUAGAGUCAAAAAACAGAAUAACAAAUGAAAAAUUAAGUUAUAAUUGUGAAAAUAGCGAUUUUCUAACAGAAAAUAUUAGAGCCAAAUCAGCACUAAAUAUUUUCGAUGAUUCAUCGCCGUCUAUAGUAAUACAAAUACUCAGCUGCCUGUCUCUAGAGGUAUCUCCUAGCGACCAGUUACCUAAUUUGGUAUGUUGCAACUGUAGGUCAAACUUACAAACACUAUGGAAAUUCAAAAUGAUGGCUCAGGAAGCAAAUUCUGUUUUACGCAAUUUCUUGACCUACUGCAAGUCGUCUAAUAAGAGUUUAUCGGAAAUUGAAAUACAAUUCAACAAUACUAUCACCGCUUUGUGGAAUAAGUCCGCUUCCGAAAAGAUGGCAGCUACAGCACUAACAGAACUGAGCAAUAUGUCAAAAAAAGAUAGCACGUUAUUGGAAGUAAAUAACGAUGAAAUGGAUAAAGAUGUACUAUUAUGCGAUACUGCAUCUAGGCAGGUUGAAAAAGUUCUAAAAGAGGAAAACAAAAGUUCACCUGAAAUGCAACCUACACACCCAAACAUUAUAUCCGAUUACUCAAGCAUUGAAGGAACCAGUGGUUUGGAGCAGCAUUUGGAAACGGCUAAUGUAUUAAUGAACAUAAGUAAGAAUUUUAUAUCGCCACAGUGCUCAAAUUCCAAAUCGCUGAACCGUGCUCAGAAACAUAGCUCCAGUAUUAUUAAUUCUGUGAUACCAAACAAACCCCUCUUGAGUACCACACUGCCCUCCUUGAUAUCUACAGAAAUAGAACAAGAUUCAAAUUUUUUGAAAGACUUACCAAUUAAUUCAAAGCGGCUAAGACUUUGCAAAAACGAGAAUUCAAAUUGUUUAAAAAGGUCAAAAGUUAGUGUCAUCACUCAAAGGAUACAGAAUUCUGAACAUUUAGAAUCCAUUGUUCUACCAGAAAGCGAAAGCAAAUCUCCAGAUAGCAUUGCAUCGGAAGAACCUGGCACUGAUGCCGCUACAACUCAAUUGUGGCAAGUACUCGCUCAUUCGGCAGCAAAUCAAGUUGAAAGCAAGGAAUCCUCUCAUCUUUUGCAUAUUUUGAAUCGAUCAUUUGUGUAUCCGGUGGAAGCUUCAUUGCUGACUGAGAAACAGCCAACAGAAGAACCAAUUUCUUUGGUCAAGUGUUCGAAAGUAUUCAUCAACAAGAAUGGAUCAAGCAAGGAUAUGUCGUGUUCGAAUUGCGGCACGAUAACUACAACUAUAUGGAGAAGAAGUGUGCAUGGGGAAAUAGUGUGCAAUGCUUGUGGUCUCUAUUUUAAACUGCAUGGCGUUAAUAGACCACAUUCUAUGAGGAGGGAUACUAUACAUACUCGCCGAAGACGCCCCAAAGAUUCCGAAAAAUCGGAAAAAGUAAGCGUGACUAAAAUCAAAGGCAGACAAUGACUUGGCACAUGUGUAUUUUUUCCCUUGGUACAAACUGUUGAUAUAUUUUACAUUGAUUUGUGUGCAACCUUAUUGCAAAUUCAAAUAAUACUCUACUGACAUGGAUAAUUGAUUUUAAUAGGUGGAUAUUCUAUAUUUGGAUUUAAAAAUAUUCCCUACUGUAAGUAAUUUCCACUCCAGGUUUUUGCAAGUAAAGAAAGACACUUAAACAUGAAAUUGCAUUAUUCCCGUAGUUCUUAUUUAUGAUAUAAUUUUAACAAAAAUAAAUCAAAGUAUUUCUUUGCUUUAAUAAUUUA